AUAAGCGCAUAAUGGUACAAAACUAAUAAUAACCCUGGCUUAACUUUAGCUAAUAAUUUCUCUAGAAAAAGAUAACUAAGAAAUAUUUUUCAUUCUCCUGAGAGAUUUUUGUACAUUUGUAAUAUUUUUGUUUUGAAAUGAACAAAAUGUGUUUCCAACUUUCCAAUAUAUCUGCGCCAUGGACCUAGUAUUAAUAAUACUAUCUCUAUGAUCUGCGCGUUUUAAAUUUAAUAAAAUAAAUUGCUUUUGUAGAGUUGAUUGUAUAAUUUUUUGAUAUUUUCUGAUUUUCGUGUGCCUAAAAUAGAGUACCUAGUAAGUACUGUACAAGGCCAGAAUAUUGUUCUUUGUCUGAAGGGUCAUCCAUUUAAGUACAAGAAUUCUUCUUUCACUACAUAGAAACCAAUUAAUUAAAAAAAUUGAGGCAAAAAUGGUGUUACAAUAAUGGGGCAGUAGAAAAGUCUCGAAGUUAUUGCGGAGGGUAUUCCUCCUCCUCUGCCCUCGCCCAUUGAUGCCUCAUGCGUCCAACUCUUAAGUAAUUUGUGACGUCACAGAUCAACAGGCGUUUUGGUAACCUAAAACCACGUGUACAGUCAUUAGAAAUUUGAAACUUGUUCAGUAAUGGCAUUAGCAAAUGCGCCUCGCGACGAAUUCACUUCCGGUUUGACCCACGAAUGCGGUGUUUUUGGGGCUAUCGGGACAAGUGACUGGUCCAACACGAACUCUGAGAUCGCUCAGAUAAUAUGCAUCGGUCUAGAAGCACUCCAACAUCGGGGUCAAGAGUCAUGCGGUGUUGUGACAAGCGAAGGAAAUGAUGAUUUCCACAUACACAAAGGCAUGGGUUUGGUCAAAAACGUCUUCAAUAAUGACAAUAUCAGUAAACUGAAAGGCUCACUAGGAAUAGGACACACUAGAUAUGCUACAAGAGCCGCCUCAGCUGCUAUAAAUUGCCAACCAUUUGUGGUCCACUCCAUGCAUGGUUCUUUGGCCACAGCGCACAAUGGUGAGCUGGUCAAUUGCCCCAGUUUGAGGAAAAAGGUCUUAGACAGGGGCGUGGGGCUGUCUACGCAUUCCGACAGCGAAAUUAUAACCCAAGCUCUGUGUUUAAUACCACCAGAGGGUGAAGUCAACGGUCCUGAUUGGCCUGCAAGGAUUCGACAUUUCAUGCAAAUGGCCCCUUUGAGUUACUCGCUUGUUUUAAUGCUCAAGGAUCGCAUUUACGCCGUUAGGGACCCCUACGGAAACCGGCCCUUGUGUCUCGGCAAAAUUUUGCCCCCUCAUUGUGACAGAAAUGAUGAAACGGUCCAACCUGAAGGAUGGCUUGUCUCGUCCGAAUCUUGCGCAUUUUUGACCAUCACCAGAUACGUUAGGGAGGUUUUACCGGGGGAGAUUGUCGAAAUGACACAUCAGGGGCUGCGAACGGUCGAUAUUGUAGCUCGGCCUGCUGAUAAACAAUUGGCUUUUUGUAUUUUCGAAUAUGUUUAUUUUGCGAGGCCCAAUAGUAUUUUCGAGGGGCAAGAAGUAUACACUGUGAGGUCGCACUGUGGGAGACAAUUGGCCAUUGAACACCCUGUUGAAGCGGAUAUAGUCGGCUCCGUGCCCGAAUCUGGAAAUGCUGCCGCUUUUGGGUAUUCAAAAGAAUCAAAUAUUCCUAUGGGAGAACUAUUGACAAAAAAUACCUAUGUUGGGAGGACUUUUAUCCAACCGAACAAUCGGCUUCGCCAGCUAAAUGUGGCCUUGAAGUUUAGCCCCAUAUCGACGAAUGUAAAGGGUAAAAGAAUUAUUCUUAUCGACGAUUCGAUCGUAAGAGGCAAUACCAUUGGCCCCAUAAUCAAAUUACUACGUCGCGCUGGGGCUAAAGAAGUGCAUAUAAGAGUGGCAAGUCCACCUCUUAAGCACCCCUGCUUCAUGGGAAUUAACAUUCCGACAAGGGAGGAGUUGAUUGCUAAUGAUUUAGAUUCUAGAAGACUCGCUGAUAAAGUUGGAGCCGACAGUUUGGAGUAUUUGAGUGUGGAAGGGCUUGUCAAAGCGGUGCAUAGAAAUAUUGAAAAAGGAGUUGACAAGGGACACUGCACCGCUUGUUUGACUGGCGAAUACCCAGAAGAAAUCCCGUGUGAAUUGCAGUGGUAAAUCUCAACGAAAAAUAUUAAUUAUUUUUGUAUUAUGUGACAGGUGAUCCAAAAAUCAGUAUUUUGUAUAAUUUUAGGAAUAAAUGAAGUCAAAAUUGUCA